GCGGACCCGGGACAGGUGGAGCGCAGACGCCGUGCCCUGCUCCCUGCUCCGUGCGCGCUCCCGGCCCACCAUGGGCAACAGCGCGGGUCGCAGCGACUUCGAGUGGGUCUACACCGACCAGCCGCACACGCAGCGCCGGAAGGAGAUGCUGGCCAAGUACCCGGCCAUCAAGGCCCUGAUGCGGCCGGACCCUCAUCUCAAGUGGACGGUGCUGGGGCUGGUGCUGGUGCAGCUGCUGGCCUGCUGGCUGGUGCGGGGGCUGGCGUGGCGCUGGCUGCUCUUCUGGGCCUACGCCUUCGGCGGCUGCGUGAACCACUCGCUGACGCUGGCCAUCCACGACAUCUCGCACAACACGGCCUUUGGCACGGGCCGUGCCGCCCACAACCGCUGGUUCGCCAUCUUCGCCAACCUGCCCGUGGGCGUGCCCUAUGCCGCCUCCUUCAAGAAGUACCACGUGGACCACCACCGCUACCUGGGCGGCGACGGGCUGGACGUGGACGUGCCCACGCGCCUGGAGGGCUGGCUCUUCUGCACGCCGGCCCGGAAGCUGCUCUGGCUGGUGCUGCAGCCCCUGUUCUACUCCCUGCGGCCGCUCUGCGUGAACCCCAAGGCCCUGACGCGCAUGGAGGUGUUCAACGCCCUGGUCCAGCUGGCGGCCGACGCGGCCAUCUUCGCCCUCUGGGGGCUCAAGCCCAUGGUCUACCUGCUGGCCAGCACCCUGCUGGGCCUGGGCCUGCACCCCAUCUCCGGCCACUUCGUGGCUGAGCACUACAUGUUCCUCAAGGGCCACGAGACCUACUCCUACUAUGGGCCCCUCAACUGGAUCACCUUCAACGUGGGCUACCACAUGGAGCACCACGACUUCCCCAGCAUCCCCGGCUGCAACCUGCCCCUGGAAGCAGGUCCACCCACCUAUCGCUCCUCAGACACCAUCUUCCUCCCCACACAGCAAAUCUGUCUUUCCCCAUCUCACUUUGGACAACUGGUGCAAGCCACCAUCAUCGCUUCCCGGACGACCCGCUGUCACUCUGCCCCGUGAUGCUCUGCUCCCACCCAAAGCAGGCCAGGCCACCCCAGCCCGGUGGCGCUGCAGGGAGGGCGCCCAGCGAGGAGGCAGUCUGCCAUUACCUGCAUGAAGAAGUGGGCUCCGCCACAUCCACCUCUUGGUGGACGUCAAAGAGCAACUCAAGGAAUCCCGUCGAGUUGUGCAAAUGUGUUUGUUCUCAGCGGGGCCCACCAGCGUCCGGGCGUCCCACCCGCUCUUGGCAACGUGCCUUUUCCGGUUCUGAGGAACUUCCUCUCCCUUUGGUCUGGGCCAUCUAGGCCAAGCUGUCAUUGUUAACGUGUUGGUUUUGGACUCGGGGGAAGAGUGAAUGUUUUCUUUUGAAAAACACCUUGUUUUUCCAGGAGGCCCCGCUCCCCUCUCUGAGAUAGAAUCCAACGCACCUGCGAGGAGGCUGUGCUCUCCACUCCCAGGGCUCAGGGUGCGGCUCAGCCUUCCCAGGCACUGAGCCCUCCACCCGCUGCUCGUUUUGCCCUGACUGCUCUUCUCUCCCACCUCAGCCCCAGAAGCGUUCUCGUCCUUCAAGACCGAGCACGUGUGGAACCUCCUCUGGGAAGCCCUCCCGGCUCUCUCCCCCAGGAGCCGUUCCCUCCAUGCUGUAGCCGCGGUCACCCUGCACCUGGUCACUGUCUGUCCCCUCUUGGUUACCUCUGUACACUCAGGCCCCGCUGCAGGCUUGGGAGGCCCUGUGCUGUGGAGGCCUUGGGCAAGAAAUGCUGGCUCUGCCCCAGCCGAGAAGCGACAGACCAGGUACCUGCACGCUGGGGCCUCUGCUCCCACCUCACCCUCACAGAGCCGAGCGGAUCUAAGGAGGUGAAAGGACACGAAGACCCCGGGCACACAGGGAGCUCGCACUCAGCUGACUUGGAGGGCAGAGGGGAGAGCCCGGAGGGUGACAGCAGCAGGAGGGGGCCCGGCUGGAGCAAGGUCCUGGCCCAGGCUUUUCUUGAACCACAGGGAGCACCCGAGAGGUGAGCCAUGACACCGGGUACCUGUCAGGGCAUUCCUGCUGCCACGCCACAUU